UACUGGAUUGGGAGGAACUGGUGGUCAAGGAGGAGUUGCUGGUGCCGGUGGUUUCACACCAACGACUAUAAUGACUCAAUCUACUGGAUUGGGAGGAACUGGUGGAUAUGGAGGAGCUGCUGGUGCCGGGGGUGGUACUGGUUGUACUACGAUAACUGAAGGAACCAGCGGUGGAGGUUUAUUUGGAAAUGGGGGAGUUGCGAUAACAUGUGCAGCAGGUGAUCAAAUUCUCAGUGUAGGCCAAGGUGGUAUGGGAGGAAAUGGUGGAAAUGUAAUUACGUUAAUUGGCACCGAUGGUCAAGGGCCACAAAAAAGAGGUAUAAAUACUAGAGAUGAUAGCUCAAACCCGGAUGGACUGCAACUGGUCGCCCCUUCGAAUGACUCACCCGCCACUUCAAUUUCAGUUGACAAAGUUUCACCCACAAUAGAACCACAUACAGGUGGUUCCGCUCGUUAUUUUGCUGGUUUUUAUAUUGUUAUUUCAUUCAUUCCUUUGGUUAUGUUAUAG